AUGCAAGGAGAAAUCCCUAUUUUCUCCUCACUGAAUCGAAUGCAAACAUUACUGAUAAGAGGAACUCGAACAUACCUGGGCAAGCCUAGCGUAUUUAGAGCCAUCGCCCGCUCUUUCGCUGCUGGACCCGCUGCCCCCGCUGCUGGCAAUGCCGCUGCUGCUCCCCCACCACCCCCAGAGAGACAUCACGGAGGUCUGUCUGAUCAAGAUCGUAUCUUUACAAACCUUUACAGCCAGUAUGAUUGGCAUAUUGAUAGUGCCAUGGAGCGUGGUUUCUGGUACAAGACCAAGGAGCUUCUGGAAAUGGGUCCCGAUCAGAUCAUUGCGGAUAUCAAAGCGUCGGGUCUGCGUGGACGAGGAGGCGCUGCCUUCCCUUCCGGUUUGAAGUGGAGUUUCAUGCCCAAAGCCUCCAAGGACGGUCGUCCGAACUUUUUAGUGGUAAACUGCGAUGAGUCCGAGCCCGGAACCUGCAAAGAUCGCGAGAUCAUCCGGAAGGACCCGCACGCCCUGGUGGAAGGCUGUUUGGUAGCAGGUUACGCCAUGCACGCGCGUGCGGCGUACAUCUACAUCCGCGGAGAGUUCUACAACGAGAGCAUCCGUCUGGAGGAGGCGAUCCACGAAGCCUAUCAAAAAGGCUUCCUCGGGCGAAACGCCUGCGGCACCGGGUACAACUUCGACGUCUUCGUGCACCGCGGCGCGGGCGCGUACGUCUGCGGAGAGGAGUCUGCGCAGCUGGAGUCGCUGGAGGGCAAGCAGGGCAAGCCGCGUCUGAAGCCGCCAUUCCCCGCGAACGCGGGUCUGUACGGGUGUCCGACGACGGUGACGAACUGCGAGACGGUGUCGGUGUCGCCGACGAUCCUGCGGCGCGGCCCGGAGUGGUUCGCGGGGUUCGGCCGGAAGAACAACGCGGGCGUGAAGCUGUUCGCGAUCAGCGGACACGUGAACAACCCGUGCGUGGUGGAGGAGGAAAUGUCGAUCUCGCUGCGCGAGCUGCUCGAGAAGCACGCGGGCGGCGUGCGCGGAGGCUGGGACAAUUUGCAGGCGGUGAUCCCCGGAGGCGCGUCGACGCGCGCGCUGAAUAAAGACAUGUGCGAUGUGGCGCUGAUGGACUACGACUCGCUGGGAUCGUUCAAGUCGGGACUGGGCUCCGCGGCCGUGAUCGUGAUGGACAAAUCGACGGAUAUGAUGGCGGCGAUUCGGAAUCUGUCGCACUUCUAUAUGCACGAAUCGUGCGGACAGUGCACGCCGUGCCGCGAGGGACUGCCGUGGGUGUACGAUAUCAUGUGCCGAAUGGAGAGAGGACAGCUCGAGGAGAGAGAGAUCGACAUGCUCAUGGAGAUCGGAACGCAGAUCGAGCUGCACACCAUCUGCGGUCUCGCGGAUGCGGCCAUCUGGCCGAUCGAGGGAUUGAUGCGGUCGUGGAAGAAGGAGAUCCUGGAGCGAUCCCGCCAUCCCGAGAACUAUCACCCGGAAGACUAUUUCCAGAGAGCGUGGAGCGGAAAGAAGCUGUGA